AUGUCUCCCUCAACCCUCACUCGCGCUGCUUUCGCAGCUGGACUCCUUGUCUCUAGCGUCGCUGCGACUUACGACGCUGCCGCCAAGACGAACAUUGCUAUGUACUGGGGACAGGGAUACGAUCAGAUCCCACUCAUCGAUGUUUGCACUGACCCUAACGUCGACAUUGUCAACAUCGGCUUUCUGAACCGAAAAGUCAUCAACUCGUUCCCUACAGUGCGAGGCGCAUACCCCGGAAGCAACCAUGCCAACGCGUGUGGUAGUGAUGUAUAUUACGAUCCGGUCUUGAAGCAGAACAGCACUCUAUACAGUUCAUGCCCCGGCAUAGAGGAGGCUAUCAAUGCUUGUCACAGGAGGGGCAAGAAGGUCAUGCUCUCUAUCGGAGGUGGCUGGCCUACGAACUACUACCUCAAGGACCAGGACGUCGCCGAAUGGACCGCCGAGUUCUUGCUCGGUGCCUACGGCAAGGUUACCCCUGAGUGGAAGGCCGCCGACAAGCCGCGCCCGUUCGGUGACGCGUUCGUGGACGGCUUUGACAUGGACCUUGAAGCGCAAUUCUACGACAUGCCUGGAGGCGAUGAGAAAUUCAUCUACGCCAACUACGAAUUCUUCGGCAACUACGUCAAGAAAUACUCGAGCAUGCUCCUCUCUGCCGCUCCUCAGUGCAUCGUCCCUGAUGCGAGGAUCUCCCCAAUAAUGAAGAAGUUGAAGUUCGACAUGAUCUUCACUCAAUUCUACAACACUUGGGAGUGCUCUGCUGCCAAGGAAGUCGAGGACAAGAAGAACGGAAAGCCCAGCACCUUUACCUUCGACAAAUGGACCAGCGAGAUCAGGAAAUCGAUGAACCCCGGCGCCAAGUUCUACAUCGGAUUGCCUGCCGGUCCUGCUGGUCUCCCUACCCACAAGGAGCACUAUGUCUCGCCUGAAGAUGCAGACUACUUGCUUGGGUUCUACAAGACCCACCCCAACUUUGGUGGUGUUAUGCUAUGGGAAGCGACUGUCUCUGUCGAGAACCCAACAUACGGCCAAUCAUUCGGUACUUGGAUGAAGAAGUCUCUUGACGGAACGUUCAAGAAGGAUUUCCACCCUGUUGUGUCUUCCAGCACUCUGUCCUCGUCGACCGUUACCCCGACUUCGACCAAGCUAUCAUCCUCCAGCACUCUCGUCUCGUCUACGAUGGUCUCGUCUUCCACUCCCAUCUCCAGCAGCGCCGUGACUUCCAGCACCCCUGUCUCCAGCAGCAUGGUCUCCUCCAGCACUCCUACUCCCAGCAGCAUGAUCACCAGCAGCAGUGCUUCGUCUUCUGGCUACGCUACCUCUUCAAGCGCGGAGUCUUCGUCUGCUUACCCCACCUCGAGCUCAGCUUCCAGCAGCAGCUCCGUCCACGUUUCUUCCAGCUCAUCCGUCGCAGAGUCGUCUUCUGUCGCCUCCAGCUCUUCUUCCGUCCAGGAGAGCAGCUCAGUCUACAGCGAGAUGCCCACUGCCAGUGAGAGCGCCAGCUCCGUUGCUACCGUCAGCAGCACCAUGAUCGAGCCCUCGUCCAUCGCUACAAUCUCUGCAUCUGCCUCCAGCAGCGAGUCAGUCUACGUUCCUCUCCCGACUGAGACUAUCACUGCCAGCUCCGUCGAGUCUGUCAGCAGCAGCAUGAUUGAGUCGUCUUCCGUCCCUGAGAUCACGGCUACUGUCAGCGCCAGCUCGGUAUACGAGAGCUCCAGCUCCAUCGGAUCUGCCAGCAGCAGCUUGAUUGAGUCGUCUUCCGUCCCUGAGAUCACCGCCACUGUCAGCGCCAGCUCGGUAUACGAGACUUCCAGCACCAUCGAGACCGUCUCCAGCACCCUCAUUGAGCCGUCAUCUGUCGCCACGAUCUCUGCUUCCGAGACCGCCAGCAGCUCCGUCUACGUUCCUUCCCCGAGCAAGACCUCUGCUUCCAGCGAAGUGUCCUCGUCGGCCUCAAGCUCCAGCGACAUGUACCCUACUGGUUCAGUCUCUGCGUCCACCCCCGAGGCUGCGUCUUCUACCCCAUACGUGCCUUCCAUGGAGUACAGCAUGUCAUUCUCUGCCGUUUACCCAUCCGAAGUCCAUUCGUCUGUUGUCUACUCAUCUGGUGUAUACUCCACCGCAUCGCCGAUGUACCCCACCGACACUGUCUCUGCUACAUACCCUGCUGAGAGCUCCAAGGGCUCUGUUGCAUCCAGCACUGGCCACGUGAGCAUCCCAUCCGUAACGGAGAAGCCUGAGUACCCCGAGUCUUCCAAGGUUCCCGCCGGCUCCACCACCUCAGUCGUCACAACUACCUACGUCGAUGUCUGCCCCACUGGCUUGACCACCGUCACCACCACCUACGUUGCGACCGUCUGCACCAAGUGCGCAAAGCCCACCGGCUCGACCGACGUACCUGAGGGCUGGACCACCAGCGUCUACACUGCCAGCACUGUCACCGUGACCAUCACCAAGCCCAUCGCUACCGCCACCAACGUGCCCGCAUACCCAUCAUCUGCUCCUUCUGUCGCAUACCCUGCAGACUACCCGGCUAAGCCAAUGUCUUCAGGCAAGCCUGCAUACCCUGCCGUCCCUGAGGCAUCUAUGCCCGCGUACCCUGCGGUUCCUAAGCCCUCCAAGUCCGCCGAGUACCCGGCCGUUCCUGAGGCGUCUAUGCCCGCAUACCCUGUUGCGCCUGAGGCUUCCAAGGCUGCCGAGUACCCCGCUGUUCCUGAAGCAUCGAUGCCCGCAUACCCUGUCGCUCCUGAGGUUUCCAAGGCUGCCGAAUACCCCUCCGUUCCUGAAGCUUCCAAGGGCGCUGAGUACCCAUCUAUGCCCGAGGCCUCCAAGGCCGCAGAGUACCCUGCCAUGCCCGAGUACCCCAAGAAGCCAGUCGAACAAGAGGCUACUAGCACCAUGUACAUGACCCUCACCAAGGUCGCAAUGUCCACCUACACUCCUGCUCCUUAUCCAACUGCUGGAGGUGCUCCUUACGUUCCCGCCGGCCCUGCCAUGAACGGUACCAGCAUGUACGCGCCUAUGCCUACUGGUACUGGUAAGCCUACCAUGUCUUCCCAGUACAUGCCGCCUGCAGAGUUCGAGGGCGCUGCUAGCCGUGUUGGGGCUGGAUUCAUGAUGCUUGUUGGUGUUGCCGGUGCUGUUCUACUUUUCUAG